AUGCCGGCCACCUUACCGUGGUGCCAGGGUCCAGUACCCCGUCCAGGGGGAAGCCAAGAGCCCGCAUUAUACUCAGUCGCUGUAGACUGGGGCGGGCGGCAGGCUAUCGGCAACCAGAGAGAGCAAGCAGCAUCACCGACAUUCUGGGGCGAGGGAAAGUGGAAGGGCGCUCUCCCGCACGUGCAAACGUGCUCUCUUCAUAGUAUUUACCGGCUCCUCUUGCUCAUUAGCGGGGAUGUCGAGCAGAACCCUGGCCCGUUACUUCGCGGAGCUCAAUGGAAUGCAGGUGGAUUAACUCCGCCGAAGCGUCUCGCAUUGGAAAAAUUGCUCUACGAUAGCAAGGUGGCCUUCUGUCUCCGCACCCAAAAGUGUAAAAUUGUCGAAGUAACGUACACACCGUCACAGCCGGGCACCUUCGGCAAAGCACACUAUGAGUGUCCUCUCUGUGGCCAGCGAGUAGUGAGUCACUGGUUCAGCCGACACCUGAGAGAGAAACAUCCGGGUCACCAAAGCGAUGUGAUUGCGAUUCCUCUCCAGCGUGCCAAACGUGCCAGAGACACUGACGAUGAUGAUGAGGGAAAGAAUGCAGUUAUGCCGAAGAGGAUGGAUGCGUCUAGAGGGUUAGAUUCUACACACGAGGCAUGCUAUACAGACGAGGCGUGGCUACGAGGGCACCAUAAGCAAGGAAAUUCCUCCUUGGUCUGUGCGCGCUGUGGCGUCAAGUACAUGCGGCUGGGGUCUCUAGUCCGCCACACUCGACUUCACCAUAAGGACAGCAAUGUAGCGCAGAUACGUCUUGAGGACGGGUCCCUCCUUUUCCAUGACAUGGGUGACCGGGAGUUUCAAUGCCCACAUUCCCCCCUGAAGAGCACACAACGAGGUGGACUCAGCAGGCACAUAAAGGCAGUCCAUGGUUCUUCCGAACAGGAGACGCGCCGUAAUGUGCUAAAGUAUGCCUGUGAGGAAUCGUCGGCCCACUUAUUGGAGUGCCCCACUUUGAGAGAGCUACGGAUUAGCUGCGGCCUAGAAGAGUUAUCUAGAGAGAAACAGCUCAGCAGUGACAAGCUGGCAGUAUUCCUCUGCAGACUCUUCCAAUUACCGUGCCCGUUGAAGAACUCCGUGCCGAUCUCUCGUGGGGUGGACACAUCCGCCACCCAGAGUGAGCUGCGGGACGGCCCUACAUCACCCCCUCUCCUAGGUUAUUGUUUUCUUAUUUUCCAACUCUCCCCUC